AAAAAAAAAAGAGAGAAAUGUCUUCGGUUGAUUCUCGAAGUGGUUUCUGCGAUUCGAACUCAACUUUCUACAGCCAACGAACUCCAAUCCCUCUCCCACCGAAUCCAUCUCUCGACGUCACAACUUUCAUAUCUUCCCAAGCCCAUCGCGGCCGCACCGCCUUCAUCGACGCCUCCACGGGUAAAAGCCUCACCUUCACCGAGCUAUGGCGCGCCGUGGAGUCCGUCGCCGACUGUCUCUCCGACAUGGGGAUCCGCAAGGGCCACGUCGUCCUCCUACUCUCCCCUAACUCCAUCCUCUUCCCCGUCGUCUGCCUCUCCGUGAUGUCCCUCGGCGCCGUCAUCACCACCACUAACCCUCUCAACACCGCCGCCGAGAUCGCUAAACAGGUCAAAGACUCCAACCCCGUCCUCGCCUUCACCACCUCGCAGCUCCUCCCCAAAAUCGCCGCCGCGGCGUCGCUCCCGAUCGUGCUCAUGGACGAGGAGCGAGUUGACUCGGAGGUGAAGAGGUUAGUGGAGAUGAUGAGGAGGGAGCCGAGUGGGAGGAGACGAGUUUUCGAGCGAGUUGAUCAAGACGACACGGCGACUCUGCUCUACUCUUCCGGGACCACGGGGAUGAGCAAAGGAGUUGUCUCUUCUCACCGUAACUUGAUCGCGAUGGUGCAGACAAUAGUGAACCGGUUCGGAUCCGACAACGUGUCUCAGGGAGAGCAGAGAUUCAUCUGCACUGUCCCUAUGUUCCACAUCUACGGGUUAGCAGCGUUCGCCACGGGGCUGCUCGCUUACGGCUCCACGAUCGUGGUUCUCUCCAAGUUCGAGAUGCAUGAGAUGUUGUCGGCGAUAGGGAAGUACCGAGCGACGUAUCUUCCUCUCGUGCCACCGAUUCUUGUGGCUAUGGUCAAUGGGGCGGAGCAGAUUAAUGCCAAGUAUGAUCUGAGCUCUUUGCAUACGGUUUUGUGUGGAGGAGCGCCGUUGAGUAAGGAAGUGACGGAGGGGUUUAUGGAGAAGUAUCCGACGGUUAAGAUCUUGCAAGGGUAUGGGUUGACUGAGUCAACGGGUAUAGGAGCCUCUACGGAUACUGUUGAGGAGAGUAGGAGGUACGGUACGGCGGGGAGAUUGUCGGCGAGUAUGGAGGGGAGGAUUGUUGAUCCGGUUACGGGUAAGGUUCUUGGACCGAAAUGUACCGGUGAGCUUUGGCUUAAGGGUCCUUCUAUAAUGAAAGGUUAUUUCAGUAAUGAGGAAGCUACGAGCUCUACUCUUGAUUCUGAAGGAUGGUUAAGGACUGGAGAUCUCUGCUAUAUUGAUGAAGAUGGAUUCAUAUUUGUGGUUGAUCGGUUAAAGGAACUCAUUAAGUACAAAGGCUACCAGGUUCCUCCAGCUGAGCUAGAGGCUUUGUUGCUCACUCAUCCUGAAAUCUCUGAUGCUGCAGUUAUCCCGUUUCCGGACAGAGAAGUAGGGCAGUUUCCGAUGGCGUAUGUUGUAAGGAAAACAGGAAGCUUGUUAUCAGAGAAGUCAGUGAUGGAGUUUGUAGCAAAACAAGUGGCUCCGUACAAGAGGGUACGAAAGGUGGCUUUCGUGUCAUCCAUACCAAAAAAUCCAUCAGGAAAGAUUCUGCGCAAGGAUCUCAUCAAACUCUCAACUUCCAACUCCAAGCUUUGAAUGCUGUGAGCCAAUCUCCUUGCAUUACUGUUACUUGUGUUGUAGUAACUCUUGUCAGUUCUGUGAUUUAUAUUACCCUGAGGUCUCAAACACACAGAAGAUGAUUUACACAUAAAUAAUAUGGAGAAUAAUGUUGUUUAUUUUAAAUAUAGAGCCUACUUUCAAACCAUGUUUAUCAUUAAAUACUAGACUACACCUAAUAGUGUUGCCUGAUUCAUUGUCAGGGAAUUCUUGGUUUUAUUCUGGC